CGGGAUGUGAUGUAAACAGAACUUUUUUUUGUUCUCCUGUCUUUGGAGAGUUCGGAACUUUUCCUGAAACUCGACCCAAACGGAACCUAAACAAGUCGGAUUAAAGAGUUUUAUGGACCCGUUCGGGAGGUAAAGACCCGAUCAGGUUCUGGACCAGAUCCGGUCCGUCUGCCGCCGAAUAAAAACAACUCCGAGCCUCCGGACCGGGACCAGUGGACCGAACCGGGCUGAAGCUGCUGCGUUGGGCCUGGAGACCCACUACAGACAGAGAUGUAGCGUGUGUGUUGGAGGGACCACGGACCAUCAUGCACCUCUUCCUUCUGCUGAUCCUUCACCUGCCAGCAGCCAUUGCGCAGAUCGGCCCAGAACAAUGUCGCUACGCGCUAGGCAUGGAGGACGGGCGGAUCAAAGACCAGGACCUGUCCGCUUCCAGCCAAUGGUACGACACGACUGGACCGCAGAACGCCAGGUUGAACUGUGAGCGAGGGGACGGGGCCUGGUGUCCUAAAGGACAGCUGGAGCCCUCAGACAGUCAGUACCUGCAGAUCGACCUGCGCAGGCUGACCUUCCUGACCCUGAUGGGAACUCAGGGACGCUACGCUCUAGGUUUGGGCAAAGAGUUCGCUCAGCAGUACCGCCUGAACUACAGCCGAGACGGCCUGCUGUGGAGGUCCUGGAAGAACCGGCAGGGGAAGGAGGUUCUGGAUGGCAACAAGAACACCUACGCUGUCUUCUCCAACGACCUCAAACCUCCGGUCAUCGCACGUUACGUCCGCGUGAUCCCCGUCAGCAAGCUGUCCACCACCGUCUGCAUGAGGCUGGAGCUGUACGGCUGUCCCUGGGACGAUGGUCUGAUGUCCUACAGCGCUCCUGUCCCCAGCCUCAACGACUCCACAUACGACGGAGUUCAGGACAAAAAGAAGCUGACCGGAGGUCUGGGUCAGCUGACCGAUGGUCUGACCGGCCUGGACGACUAUCGGCUGAGCCACCAGGUCCAGAGGCCCGGGUACGACUACGUGGGCUGGAGGAACGACACGCCGGGGAUUCUGGGAUACGUGGAGAUGGAGUUUGUGUUCGACAGGCCGAGGAACUUCACAUCCAUGAAGGUUCACAGUAACAACAUGUUCUCCCGCGGCGUGAAGAUCUUCUCCUCAGUUUCCUGUUCCUUUAAGCUCCACCCCAAGGCGGCGUGGGAGGCGGAGCCUGUGGUGUUCAACACGGUGCUGGACGACAAGAACCCGAGCGCCCGGUACGUCACCGUGCCGCUGAACCGCCGCGCAGCCAGACUCCUCCGCUGUCGCUUCCACUUCGCUGACGUGUGGAUGAUGUUCAGCGAGGUCUCCUUCCAGUCGGAGGACACCGUCCUGUCCACCCUGCCAACACAGAUGCCGAUGAUGGGAAGUUCUGCUACGAGUGAUGAUGUCAUCAUGAAAACCACACCAACAACAGCAGCUACUCCAUCAUCCACGGCCUCUUCAGAGGAUGGGAACACGCCCGUCCUGAUUGGCUGCCUGGUGACCAUCAUCCUGCUGCUGGUCAUCAUCAUCGUCCUCAUCCUGUGGUGUCAGUGUGUGUGUAAGGUCCUGGAGAAGGCUCCGCGUCGCAUCCUGGACGAGGACGUGACUGUCCGGCUGUCCUCCUGCAGCGACACCAUCGUCCUGCAGACCCCCCCGGUGCCCCCUCGCUCCAGACACCCCCCUGCAGACCCCCACUAUGAGAGAGUUUUCCUGCUGGACCCUCAGUACCAGAACCCGGCCAUGCUGAGGAACAAGCUGCCGGAGCUGUCGCAGAGCGCCGAGGCAUCAGCCCUCCUCCUGGGUAACCCCCUCUAUGACCUGCUCCUGCUGACUUCCUGUCACAUGGCGUCAGGCUGGUUUGGUGCCUUUGGGGGGGGCUACGCUGAGCCGGACGUCACCCAGUGCACCCCCCACCAGUGCUUCAACAGCAGCGCGCCGCACUAUGCUGAGACGGACAUCGUGCGCCUGCAGGGCGUCACCGGCAGCAACAUGUACGCCGUCCCCGCCCUCACCGUGGACUCCCUGACCAGGAAGGACAUCUCCGCCGCCGAGUUCCCACGGCAGCAGCUGAUCUUCAGGGAGAAGCUGGGGGAGGGGCAGUUUGGAGAGGUCCACCUGUGUGAGGCCGAGGGGCUCCCCGAGUUCCUGGGGGAGGGGUCGCCCCUCCCGGACAGAGACGGACGCUCGGUGCUGGUGGCGGUCAAACAGCUGAGGGCGGACGCCACGAGUCAGGCCAGGAACGACUUCCUGAAGGAGAUAAAGAUCAUGUCCCGUCUGGACAACGCCAACAUCAUCCGGCUGCUGUGUGUGUGCGUGUCGUCCGACCCGCUCUGCAUGGUGACCGAGUACAUGGAGAACGGAGACCUGAACAUGUUCCUGUCCCAGCGGGAGAUGGAGAGCACGCUGACGCACGCCAACAACAUCCCUUCAGUCAGUCUGUCGGACCUCCUCCACAUGGCCGUGCAGAUUUCCUCUGGGAUGAAGUACCUGGCCUCGCUGAACUUCGUGCACCGGGACCUGGCCACCAGGAACUGCCUGCUGGACCGCCGCCUCACCAUCAAGAUCGCCGACUUCGGGAUGAGCAGGAACCUGUACAGCAGCGACUACUACCGGAUCCAGGGCCGGGCCGUGCUGCCCAUCCGCUGGAUGGCCUGGGAGAGCAUCCUGCUGGGGAAGUUCACCACAGCCAGCGACGUGUGGGCGUUCGGUGUGACGCUGUGGGAGAUCUUCACCCUCUGCAAGGAGCAGCCCUACAGCCUGCUGUCUGACGAACAGGUCAUCGAGAACUCUGGAGAGUUCUUCAGAAACCAGGGCCGCCAGAUCUUCCUCUACGGCCCCCCGCUCUGCCCCCCGUCUCUCUUCGAGUUGAUGAUGCGCUGCUGGAGUCGCAACAUUCCGGACCGACCCACGUUUGAGGGACUUUAUCAGGCCCUGAGGCCCCACGUCACCCAGUGAGCGGUCCGGUUCUCAGGACUGCCGGGACACCUGCAAGGUGACGGACUGACUUCUGAACCACAGACUGGAACUACACUGUUGGACAGGACAGAGGACAGAAGACAGGACAGAGCUGGGUUCAGACUCCAGCCUGAGAGACGAGGUGAAGGGAGAAGAAACCCUUCGGUUGUCCCAGCUUCUUCAGAACUUUUCUUCUGUCUGCGUUGGACCUGGUUCUGUCUGUCCAACACUGUCAGUGUCUCCAGUUCCUCCUGUCCCUGUCCCCCCACACUGGAGUUCAGGUCAUAGUGUAGCAAAGUCUAGGUUUUAUUGGAUUUCUCUGUUUUAGUGUAUUUUUACUUCUUCUGGAUGUUGUUGUGGACAUGACCGGAUCAGAACCUGUGUGUCUCAGAGACCCAGAACCAGUCAGAGGAGGAACCUUAAAGCCACCCGAGCUGCUGCUGAGGACAGUUAAACGUCUGUCCCAGAGUCCCUGCAGCUGGGACUGUCCUCCUGCAGGAGCUGUCUGACAGGAAACAUGUCCACGUCUAAAACAAGUCCAGAAGCUGGAGGACACCUGCUGAGGGACCGAGGACAACAAGUCAGGAUUUUAAAAACCAGGCGGAUCAGAACUCAGCUGGUUGUAAAACAAGACAAAAGAUUUGAGUUCAGUCCUCAGAUCACACCUGGAGUCAGGGAUGGUGAGAGUUUGUGACCACUCUGUGAACAGCCUGUGACCAUUGUGACCACUCUGUGACCACUCUGUGGUCACUCUGUGACCACUGUGACCACUCUGUGGUCACUCUGUGACCACUCUGUGAACAGUCUGUGACCACUCUGUGAUCACUCUGUGAACAGUCUGUGACCACUCUGUGAACAGCCUGUGACCAUUGUGACCACUCUGUGACCACUCUGUGAUCACUCUGUGACCACUGUGACCACUCUGUGACCACUCUGUGGUCACUCUGUGAACAGUNUGUGACCACUCUGUGACCACUCUGUGGUCACUCUGUGAACAGUCUGUGACCAUUGUGACCACUCUGUGACCACUCUGUGGUCACUCUGUGAACAGCCUGUGACCAUUGUGACCACUCUGUGAACAGUCUGUGACCCCUGUGACCACUCUGUGAUCACUCUGUGACCACACUGUGACCACUCUGGCCACUUUGAGACCACUCUGUGGGCACUUUUUGAUCACUCUGUGACCAUUGUGACCACUCUGUGAACAGUCUGUGAUCACUCUGUGACCAUUGUGACCACUCUGUGACCACUCUUUGAUUACUCUGUGACCACUCUGGCAACUUUGAGACCACUCAGUGGGCACUUUUUGACCACUCUGUGACCACUGUGACCACUCUGUGAUCAUUCUGUGACCACUCUGUGAUCACUCUGUGACCACUCUUGUGACCACUCUGUGACCACUCUGUGAUCACUCUGUGACCACACUGUGACCACACUGUGACCACUCUGUGUACACUCUGACUGUUUUUAAGGAAGGGCAGGACUUCAGGUCUCUGUGACCCCUGAACAUGGUGACCUCCUCGGGGAAGACGUCCUCCAUGUUCUUCUUGUCUCUGGUCCCUCCCCUCCAGUCGCAGCCUGGUGGUUUGCUGUGGUCUUACAGCAGGAAACUCAACAUUGUGUUUUUAUUUUUAACUCAAAUCUUUUUCUAAUCUUCCCUUUCAGAAGCUUUUUUCCUCUCAAACACUGUACGUGGACGUGAGGCGCAGUAAACAUUUACGGUUGAAAGAAAACCUGUUGGAUGAAGUCGUAGCGAGUGAAAAGUAAAGCUCAGAUUUUUACCAGUUUCUUGGUUUCAGGUUUGUUUUCACUGAACUGGUUGUUUAAACUGGACCAUCAAACAGAAAGAGAUGAAGCUCGUUUGGAGUUUUAGAUGGAAAUGACUGAUUAAGAAAAGAUUAUUGUAGCAUUUAAGAUGGUUGUUGUUUCCAAUCUGACCACUAGAUGUCAGUAAUGUGUAAGGUUCUUUAAAAGCCUUUAAAUUGUUUUUAAAUGUUUUUACAUUGUUUCAUGACAGAACAUGAAGACUUUAUAUUCAGAGGAGGAUCUUUAACAGAACAAUGAGAACAGAAAUAUAACCAGCUUACAGAUAAUUAGAGUCAUUAAAACAUUUAUUUAAAAUGUGGAAAAUAAUUCCACAUGAAGUUCUUCUUACUGUUAGCGUUAGCAGUUUAACCGUUAGCCUCUGGCUCUGAAACACAUUCGAUCAUAAAAACAAGACGAGUUGUGAAAUGUUGUCAUCUGUACUGUGUGUGUGUGUGUGUGUGUGUGUGUGUGUGUGUGUGUGUGUGUGUGUGUGUGUGUGUGUGUGUGUGUGUGUGUGUGUGUGUCAACAUUCCUUCGAUCCUGGGAGCUGAUUGGGCUGAACGCGGUCACCUGCAGUGUUUUCUUUAUAAAACAGCAGAAGAAGAGAUUGAACUCAAUCUCCCAGAAUCCUUUGCUGCAGUGAGCCUGUGUGUUUGUGUGACUGCAGAUUAGGUGUGAUGAUAAUGAAUAAUCUAUCAGAAUUUAUUGCAGUCACGUCUGAUUAUUUUUCGGCUGUUUUCUCCUCCUCUUCCUCACUGAUCUUCAUCCUGAUGUCUCAGUAUAUUAAUAUAUUAGGAGGUGACGUUUUGUUUCUGGGCUCCCAAAUUAUUUUCACUCCUUAUUGUCUUGAUUUGUUUUAUAAUAAAUAAAGUUGUCUGACUGGAGCUUCUGUUUAAACCCUAACCUGUUCUCUAUACUCAUCCUCACAGUUCUCCUGUUCCCAGAUGUUUUGUGUUUCUAAGUUCUUUUCUUAUUUGUUGUAAACAGAUACAUUUCAGAUUAAAGUCCGGGUCGUUUCUA